AUGGCAAAGACCAAGAAAGACGCCAUAACAACAACACGAUACACACCGAGAUACACAUUAGAGGCCAACCGGGAAGUGAACAGUUUCUGGUUGAAUAUGAUCAACACAAACACCAAAGCAAAAGUGGCAGCUCCAGAGUGUCCGGAAGGAAAGGAAGCUCGUGAGUUUCUGCCAUACUUGUAAUCGUUCAAACAGGUAUAGCCUGAGACCAGCUUGUCAUGGUCCACAUCACAUUCUCCAAUCAGGUCGGGCUUGCACAUUGCAACAAAGUUUGGCCGUAAUCGUCCCACGGAACAUUUGAUGAUCUCCAAUAUUAAUGUCAACAACCAAUAACACAUCGAGUAGUCCAAGAAAGUGUAAACAGAAAAAGUAGUAAUAGAUACCAUGGUAGGAAUGUCCGUCUUCUGGUGGGCAAUCAUCAAUCCAAGUGUCAGACUGGCCGAUGGUAGGAAUAAAGUGAUGAGAAGUAGAGGAACAGUUGACACAGUGUUCUUGUGAAGAUCAUGUUGAAUACUGACAUCAGAACAGUUGAAAGGCGUGUGUGGAGGUUCAAAAUACUUCCAUCCAAUACAUAAGUAACAUGAAAUAGUCAAGCCAAGGAAUAUCGCGCAGUCUAAUACAGCAAACAACCAUAAAUAAAUAACUUGAGUCCAGGUCCACGUCUUCUUAUGUUGCCUAUGCACAUAGUUACCCGAGAUAGUGUAAUAAGACCAGUUGAUCAUAACAACAAAUAAACUAUACUAGUAAAUACAAUUUACAACAUUUUGUCGAAUAAAUUAAUAAAAUAAUUAUAUAUACGGAAGGCCAAGCCACUUAUUUUCGUGUCGGGGCCUACACGAACGGUUGGCGUGUUAAUUUUUUUCGUUUUUCUAAAAUGCGGUUUGAUAAAUUGGGUAAUUCGGAAUGAAAACUGGAAAAUACUAAUUUUAAUACCUUUUAAAAUUUUAAAUAAGACACGAACUUUUAAUAUUUGCGAAGUAUAGUGUGAUAAAGGUUGACACAGGACGUCAUUUUCCCGUCAUAUUACUUAUCAGUUCGUCUCUGUGAAACGAAUUCCAUUUAAUUCUCUAUUUCAGUUAUGGUCAAACUAAAGGACACUCCGGAAGACGGCAAUUUAUUGCCAACAGUGGAAAUACCGGAAAAGUAAGUAAACCAUGUCUCUUAAUAUAUUUUUGGUUUAGGAAAGCUACAGCUAAAGUUGAUGAAGUUGGCACACUAUCGUACAUAUCUUUCUCAUGGAUAUUCUCGUAUCUUUGGGAUGCGUACAAGGGAAGAAUAGAUGAACAGGAGAAUUGGCCUGUUAGUAUUUUUGAUUCAGCUAAUCUAAAUUGUACAAGGUGGGUUACUGUUAUCAAUAACAACAUUGUUAAUUCUAUUAUCUAUACUUUCCUAAUUAUUUACGCUUUUUGAGUGUUUACAGAUUGUUUAAUUUAGACUCGAACAUUUGUGGAAUGAGGAAGUUAAGAUUAAUCCAAGUUCUCCAUCUUUGUUUAAGGUGAUAUUGAGGUUUAUGCGAGAUCGACUGAUAAUCGCAUGUGUCAUCUUCUUAUUUUGUUUGAUUUUUGGUUUUAUUGGGCCAACUUGCUUAGUCAGAGGUUUGGUAUCUUUUACUGAACGUCCACCACGAUCUAAUGAAGAGAUCUUAUAUACAACCGGGUUUUAUCUUGCCAUCGCUAUUUUACUUGUAAGUAGUUUCUUUAUUUUUAUAUAAAUUUUUAGGAUUAUGUUAAAGUAUGGUAUAUUACAUUAUUUAGGUUGAAAUUUCACGAGUCUUAAUGUACGGAGCGACAUGGGCUAUUAGUUAUCGUACUGGAAUCAGAGUACGAGGUGCCGUGCUAACUCUUCUGUACAAGUCGUUAAUGAACUCUAAAACUUUGAGGGACAAAACUGCAUCAGAAGUGAGUUACUUUACCUUGGAUAUUAAGUUUGUUACGAACUUUACACCACACUAUUGUGUCUUAUUUAAUUUGAGGUAGUUAAUAUCUUUGCCAAUGAUGGUCAACGUAUUUUUGACGCAGUAACUUUUGCACCAUUGGUACUAAUGGGACCAUUUGUUAUCGUUGGAGGUAUUGUGUAUUUAGUCAAGGUAAUUGGGCUGUGGUCUUUGGCUGGACUAUCAAUUUUCUUAGUGUUUGACGCCAUUCAAGUGUUUUUGGGUAUAACUUUGGUCAGAUGUCGAAAUGAAGCUAUAAAGAAGACUGAAGAACGCGUAAGUUGGUAAUAAAUGUUAAGGUGUUUGCUUUAAUUAAUAUUUUUUUGCAUUCUUAUUACCUAAAUUAACUUUGUUUUGUUAAAAAUGGUUAUUUAGAUGUAUUUAAUGGGUGAAAUUCUGAAGAACAUCAGGUUAAUCAAGAUGAAUGGAUGGGAAGAUGUCUUUAUGAAAAAAGUUUCUGGUAAGACCUCUUCUUUUGGGGGAUAUUUUAGUUAGUGUUUAAUUUUAAACUACUGUUUAUUACUUUUAGAUGUGAGAUUCGAAGAGAAGAAUAACUUGCAAAAGGCUGGCUACGCUCAAAGUUUGGCUAUAGCCUCAGGAACUAUUGUGCCUGUUGUAGCGACUGUAGUCACUGUGGUAUCUGUUGUCUACUAUGGUUAUGAUAUUCUCGCUAGUGAUGUAAGUGUGUUUAUUAUGUUUUAUUUUGUGAUUAGAUAUUCUCUGCCAUCACUGUUUUCUUCGUCAUGUUGUUUGGCAUUCGGAUGAUUCCAUAUGGAGCCAGGUACUUGGCUGAAGCUCGAGUCGCUAUUUCUCGAAUUCAGGCUUUGCUGCUGUUCGAUAAAUAUCAACAUGGUUUAUCAGAAACUCAAACACAAUAUGCUGUAGCUUUGAAGGACGCAUACUUUUCGUUUGAUGGUGAGUAUAAUUGUAUUUUAUAGUUGUUAGUGUAUUGUAUAAGCUCGAAUAUCAACGAAACUUUUACUUUUACAGAAAAUGAAAAGGCCGAAACUCCAAGUGAAGCUGAAAAGGUAAACGAACAAAACAAGUUCAUCUUGCACGAUCUUUCGUUAACUGUUGACAGAAAGGCCAAGAUUGGCAUUUGUGGACCUGUUGGAAGUGGCAAAUCCGCUUUCUUACAAGCACUAUUGGGAUGUGUAUGUUUUGUUAAUUUACAUUUUUACAAACUAAAUGACUUUAAGAUUAUUGUGUUACCUAAAAUUACAUUUGAAUAUUUUCAGAUGUCGAACGAUAAGGGACAAGUCUCAAUUGGAGGUACUGUUGGCUACGUGCCGUCUGUUCCUUGUGUCUUAAACGGAACUGUCAGAGAAAAUAUUCUGUUUGGUCAGCCUUUAAAUUCCCAAAGAUAUUCCAAAGUGAUAAGUGCAGCCAGUUUGACCAAAGAUCUCGAGACCUUACCCUGCAAUGAGAAGAGUGAAGUCGGAGAGCGAGGAUCUAAGCUGUCUGGAGGACAGAAGUGUCGAUUGGCAUUGGCAAGGGCUUUCUACGCUAAUCGUGAUAUCUACUUGCUUGAUGAUGUGUUCAGUUCGAUCAACAAAGAUGUCGCUCAGAGCAUCUUUGAGAAAGGAAUCAAGGAUUUUUUGGGUAACAAGACAGUGUUGUUGGUCACUUCUAACAGUAAAGUAAGUGCAUCUUGUUUAGUUUACUGAAAAAUUGUAAAAUUAGGUAAUAAAAUUGGUCUUUUUUAGUUUUUGGAAGAAUGUGACAAAGUAUUGUUCUUCUAUGAUGGUGGGAUAGUGGCAGAAGGAACUCACAAAGAGUUAGUGAAUAACAACGAACAAUAUUCGGAAUUCUUCAAGAGUCAUAUUCUUGUUGACUCUGAGGAAGUGGUUGAAGCAAAGGGUGUCAGCUUGAACAACAACAAUGAAAAAGGUAUUUAAAUCUUUUUUAGGCGUGCUUAAAUUCAUUAGUUUUAAAGGAUUCAUUGAUAUGUUAUACAUAAAGAAAAAUUAUAUAGAAUAUGUUAAUAUGGUUUCAAUCAUGUUGUUUUAGAAGAUGACUCUCAAGAAGCCGAAGAAGACUUUGGAACUCAAAAUAUAUCAAAAGAUGUGUACAAGUAAGCUUAUAUUGUCAAUAAUUAUUUGCUUUAGGGAGUACAUUCAAGCUGCUGGAGGAUUUGCAGUUUUGUUGAUGUUGUUAUGUGUCUUCGUAAUUAACGUUGGUGCUAAUAUAUUCGGAACCUUAUGGUUGUCUAUUUGGAUGAAAGACGUUCACGGAGUGGCUAGUCAUGGUCAGAAUUAUACCAGUCUAGCUGAUGAUUCUAACCUCAACUACUAUGCAUCGAUCUACGUAGCCUCGAUCGUUGUACUGUUUGUGUCUGGACUAGUAAAAGCCAUGGUAUUUGUUAAGGUAAGUAAUUUUGCAAUUCAAAAUAUUUCAAAAUUUAUUUAAUUUUGUAUAUAUUAUACAUUUAUUACAGUUGUCAAUCAAAGCCUCUACCAACCUUCACCUGCGGAUGUUGAAGAGUGUACUUCAUGGCGUGGUUAAGUUCUUUGACAACACUCCGACCGGUCGAAUUUUGAACAGAUUUUCCAAAGACGUUGAUGAAAGUAAGCUUCUUAAAGACGGUUUAAACAUAGAAAUCUUAAAUUAAUAGCAUAAUUUUAGGUAACAUUUGUUAAUUUUCUUUGAUUUUCAGUUGAUGUUAAACUGCCAUUUUCUGCUGAAGCUUUGUUACAGUAUUUCAUAACGUGUGCUGGACUGAUAUUGACGAUUAUUUGGGUAUUCCCUCUGCUUCUGGUCGCUUUCUUUCCACUUGCCCUUAUCUUCGUCAUGUUUUUCUUGUGUUUCCGGGCUGGGAUUAGGUGGUAAGUUUUAUAAUAUUGCAACCGUGCAAUACUUUAUUUGAUUUGAAGACUGUAGUAUGAAAACAUAUUUUUAGCCUGAAAAGAUCGGAAAAUGUGUCGCGAUCUCCAGUGUUUGACCACGUUACUUCGAGUCUUGAAGGCCUUUCUACCGUCCAUUCUUAUUCUCAGAACCAGCGUUUUGUGGAGAAUUUUAAAACCAAAUUGGACGACAAUUCGAGUAUGAUGUUCAUGUACCACUCGGCCAUGAGAUGGCAAGCUGUGUGGCUCGACCUUCUGGUUGUAGCCAUCUCAUUCCUCGUAUCUUGUUGCAUCGUCUUCUUGACCGGAAGUGUUCAGCCUUCUGACGCUGGAAUGGCGUUAGCCUUUGCUCUUCAAAUGAGUGGAAUCUUCCAGUUUGCAGUCAGAUCACAAACUGAAUUGGAAGCCAAGUUGACCUCAGUGGAGAGGGUUUCGUACUAUUACAAGGUGAGUAUUGAUAAUUUUGAUUGUUGUUAUUGAUCUCAACUUUCAGAAUAUUGAGCAAGAAAAGUGGGUUGAAGGAGAGGAGAUCAACCGAGAAUGGCCUCAAAAAGGCUCUUUAGAGUUCAAGGAUGUUACGUAAGUUCUUGAUUUUAUUUAAAAUUAAAUCUAUUAGAACUAGGCGAUUAUUUUACUUACUUUUUAAAAGUUUAAAUUCGUUUUGGAAAAAUUGAUGUUUAUGCUUCAGGCUGAGGUACCGCGAGGGAGCUGCUGCCGCUUUGAAGGAUGUGUCAUUCAUGUUGAAUGAUAAGGAUAAGGUGUUGGUGAUUGGCCGCACAGGGUCAGGGAAGUCGAGCAUUGUCAACGUGAUCUUCAGACUCUAUGACAUCGAGAAAGGAACGGUGCAAUACGAUGAUCUCGACAUUUCUAAGAUCCCGCUGCGAACUUUGAGGGAUUCGAUUACCGUAAUUCCUCAAGAUGGAGGACUUUUCAGUGGAUCCUUGAGAUUCAAUCUAGACCCCAAAGAGCAAUAUAGUGAUACUGACUACUGGGCAGCAUUGGAUAAGGUUGGCUUGAAAGACUUUGUACGUUUAAAAUUGUUUUAUACAAAAAUAGUUUUUGAAUAUUACUUUACAGUUUGAGUAAAUGAUUUAGUUUUGUUAUGUUUUCCAUUUUAGGUGAGUAGUACGAGCGAGAAACUGGAACUGAAGAUUGAAGACAGCGGAAAGAAUCUGUCUUCUGGACAACGACAGCUGGUGUGCUUAGCAAGAGCGCUUCUGAGGUAACAAUACAUUACAUUUCUUUUUGGAAUGACAUUUUAAAAUAACACUCCAUGCCUACUUUAACAACAACUGUUUAGGAAGUCGAAGUUGGUGGUGUUGGACGAAGCUACCUCGAACUUGGAUGUAAAGUCAGAUGUUCUGCUCCAGAAGAUCAUCAGAGAAACCUUUAGCGACUUUUCAGUAAUGGUCAUAUCUCAUCGGCCAGAGAACUCAUUCGAGGUGGAUCGAGUGCUGAAGGUGGAGGACGGCGAGGUACGACCAUAAAACUGUAGUAAAAGGAAUGCUUUUACAAGUGCUAAUCUUAUCUUUCAGACUCACAUCAGCGACGCUUCCUCCAACGUUUCGAGCUAA